AUGGAGAAGCUAUUUUUGUGCCUGGUUGUCCUGUGCUGGAAUAUGAUCCUUUGCUCAACGUGUGAACUUUCUAAUGUAACAAUUGCACUCGAGAAAGAGGAAUGUGGGGUCUGCAUUACUGUGAAUGCCACGUGGUGCUUGGGAUACUGUCACACUAAGGAUCCAUCUAUGAAGCCAAUAUUUACGACGAAGGCCCAGCGUGUGUGCACUUACAAGCAAGUUAUUUAUGAAACCGUGAAAUUACCUGGCUGCCCUGAUAACGUGGAUCCUUAUUAUUCCUAUCCUGUGGCUACCGAAUGUCACUGCGGGCAGUGUGAUAUGGAAACAUCUGACUGCACUGUGAGGGGCUUAGGACCAUCCUACUGUACUCAAAGACAAGAGAAGGAAUGA